AUGUUCCAGCACUCGCCCGAGCCUCUCCCUCUCCCCCAUGACGACCACCUCUUCAUGUCCAAGCUCUCCACACCGGGCCCUCUCUACUUCCAGCAGCGCACUCAGGUCAUCCAGCUCACCGAGGUCCCCGCACCCCCGCGAGCACAGCACCCAUUCACCCUCUCCGCUAGCUCACUCGCCUCUUCGUCUUACACCUCUUCGUCUGACGAGUCCGCCGAGGAGGAUUCUGACUGCUCCUCGUACUGUUCGUCGGCCCCGGAGGAGACCCCGGAGCCGCGCUCGCCCGAUGAUACGUAUAAAACACGUCUCCAUCGCAUCCUUGUGUGGCGAGAAAAACUCGCCGUGUCCACGGGCACGCCACUCGCCCCCCCGCCCACCCUUCCCACCUCGGCCACACUGAAACGGAAGACCCUUGAUGAUGACUCGGAGUCAGACGACGAUGCUGUGAGUGUCCCUCCGCCGACGCUCUCGCCCCGGCUGUCGUUUCUCACAAUUCAUUACGUAGGCGUCUCAUUCCUCAAAGCGGUCGCGGUCGAGCUCGAGCCCAAGUGUCUAUCGAUCACAGACACCCCUGACGGAUAG